AAACUUCCUGUUUGAUUUUGUAAAGUUCAUAAAUAAACAAGCAAAUGUAAACAAUUUAAAAAAAAAUGUUUUACUGAUAUGGAUAUGUUGAAUUUUACUUUAAAUGCUAUUUUAUUAUUUGGACUAAUAACAAUUGUCAAUUCGGAUACUGUGCAGCAAAUUUAUAUCAAAGACAACAAAAUACCUGUAAAAGGAGGCGAUAUACAGAUUGUAUGUGAAGUAUCGCCGUUUACCAAAGAUGUUUUAAGGAUCUAUAAGGCAGAUUCCUUGCCUCAAGAUAUUACCACAGCUUCAUUAGUAACCCAAUGUAUUCCAUCACAGUGUAUAGGAAAUGUACCAAGACAUACAUUUAGUCCUAGUAGCAGUGGUGUUACUAUUACAGUCACCAAUCUAAAUAGAUCAGAAGACCAGAAAUAUUGGAUUUGUACUAUAAACAGCCAGAGGAAACACAUGCGGUUAACUGUAUACACUAUCACACCAUCACUCCAGUAUGAUAAUCCACCAAGCCAGAACCAAGACCUCGUUCAAACGUCAGUGACAUAUAGCUGUAGCACAGGAUGUGCCUAUCCUUCACCAAACUUCACAUGGUAUUAUAAUAAGACAGGUGGAUUACGUCAAGAAUGGUCAACAACAGCACCUGUAACAGAUAGAACUGGUGGUUGUACUGAUUCUGAGAAAAUAUAUACAUCAACAUUAACUCUAUCAAGAUACACGCAGUUUACUGACAAUACAGAUACUACUGUGCAGUUUCAGUGUGGUGCUAUUUCAAUAACUGGUGCAGGAGAUCAUCGUUUUACUCCAGCAUCUGUAGAUGUCAGAUUUGCAGUACGUGUAUCAACACUGACAUUAAAAGAUGGGAAUUCAAUUCCUUCAAAUUCAUUAGAAGUGAACAGUGGGGAACCUCAUACAGUGACAUGUACAUCAAGUGUCAGCAGACCAACAGCAACUAUCAUCUGGUAUUAUGGUGGUCAGAAAAACAAAACAGAAACUACUAGGACAUCUAGCUUUACAUUCACGCCAGUAUACUCGGAUAAUCUGAAACAAGUUUACUGUAAAGCAUUCAAUAUACAGCAAGAAAGCCAAGCUGUGUCUUCAAACAUUGUGUCACUUUAUGUAAAAGUGAAGGUAGCUAAUGUUACACUAAAGGAUGGCAACACUGAACCAUCAGGAACGCUAGAAGUAACAAAUGGUGUAUCUAAAACAUUGACAUGUACAGCAAGUGUAAGCAGACCUACAGCUACAAUUAUCUGGUAUAUAGGAAAAGAUGAGAAGAAAAGAGAGAUUGUUACACUGUCUACAUUUACAUUUACACCAGUUAUAUCCGACCAUAACAAACAAGUAUAUUGUAAAGCUUCACUGUCAGGAAAUCCAGAUGUGUUUUCAAACAGAAUAACACUUUAUGUUAAAGUAUUAGCUACCACUCCUACAAUCACAGAUCUUACAACAGAAAAGUUAGAAGGAGAUCAAAUAAGAUAUAAGUGUACUUCCUCUCAAACACGACCUGUUGCUAUAGUAACAUGGAAGUUACACACUAUUAUACUGAGUGAUGUGCAAAAUACAGAACAUAAUCAUGGGAAUGAUCUUAAAUCUGUUACAAGUAUUGCAACAUUAACAGCAAAUAGAACUGAUAACAACAAAACAAUUUACUGUGAAACCACAAUACCUGGACAAAGUGUAGUGAAUGCUCAAGAAAAGAUAACGGUGUAUUGGCCACCAAUGUCACCUGUUAUACUAACAAGCAGCUUUCCAUUUCUAGAAGGUCAGACAGGAAAGAGUAUUUAUUGUUCCUCAACUGAUUAUGGUAAUCCUACAGCUACAGCAACAUGGACCACACAAUAUGGAACACCUGAUAGUGCUGAUACAAGAAAACUAAGGUUACCUAAACUAACAUAUCAAGUUGAUAGAAGUCCAGUAAAAUGUCAGUUGAAGAAUUUAUUUACACAGAGGAAAGGUCUUCAGAUCCAGUCCAUACAAGUGCUAUUACAAGUUGAAUAUUCUCCAAGAGUACAGAUUUUGGCCUAUGGGAAACAAGUAACUACCAUAACGAGAAAUGAAGGCCAAACGUUGUCUGUUACAUGUGAUGCCACUGGAAAUCCAACACCAACAGCAAGUUGGGUGGGACAACAGUCUAGUGGUCCUACUUUGUCAUUUGAUGAUAUAGAUAGAGCAGACCAUGGUAACUACACAUGUAGGGCUACAGCAACAUCAACUCACUAUCUCAGUCAUAACUUUUUUACUGAGGAAACAUUGGCUAUCGUUGUUAACUAUGCACCAGAUGUCACUGUUGAUGUCAGUAGCUCAAAUCCUACUGAAAACCAGCCAUUGACAAUUAAAUGUAAACCUGAAGGGCGACCUGCUGAAUAUCAUUUUACUUCGUUUAUACAAAAUUGGAGGUCCGUUCUUAUUCCUAACACGCAUAUAACAAACAAUGGUGUUAUAAAAAUAGAAAAUAUACAACUUCAAGACAGUGGUGCAUAUAUAUGUAAAGCUAACAACGGUAUUCGAGAUAGGAACCAGCAGCUUGAUCAAAGUGGGAACAAUACUGUUAAUAUUAAGGGUAAGUUGUCAUUUUUCAUAAGGGUUCUAUUCAAUAAGAGCUAGGGACUUGUUCCCGGA